AUGCCAGGAGUCAACCGACGAUGGGUCGAGCUUCUGUGCCUUCCACUCCUCCUCAUCACCUUGAUUCUGCCCGUAGAAGCAAGGUACGCAGCACGAGGCUGGAAUGACUGGCACUUUGGCCCUGUGCAUGUAACCUCCGGGCAGUCCAUACAAGCUGCCAUUGACUCCGCACAGCCCGGACAAGCAGUUAUCGUGGAAGCUGGCACGUACGCAGAGCAGGUUACCAUCACAACGAGCGGACUCAAGCUCAUUGGCAAGGGCGCUAGCAUUGUGCCACCAGAGUCGCCCGUCGAGAACACAUGCUCUGGCCUAGCAGGCCCAGGCACCGAAGCUGGCAUCUGCAUCCAAGGACAAGAUGUUGUUCUGGCAGACUAUGUGCAGGAACACAGAAAAGUGCUCUCAGUGGGCCAAGCUGUGCGCGGAGUCCUGGUCUCCGGCUUCGAGAUCAGUGGCUUCUCCGGCUUGGACGUAGCCGUGGUCGGAGGACAAGACUGCAAGGUUGCAAACAACAUCCUCUACGAUGGUGCUCAAUACGGCUGUCUUACCGUCGGCUCAGAGAACACUGUGGUGGAUACCAACACUGUCGCCGCAACAGCCGAUAUGCUCUUCAUUGGUAUCUGCAUGGAUGACCUGUCCAACGUACAAGUGACAAACAACGACAUCAGUAACUACGCCAUCGGUUUCUGUGUCCAGACUAAUGGUGCUCUCAUCCAGGGCAAUACUGUCACCAACAGCUGCAUCGGAGCCUAUGUCGACCCCGGCGUGAGCGGCGUCCACAUCAUCGAGAAUCAUAUCAGUGAUGCAAAUCCCAUCUGUCCCUCGAUUCCUGAUCUAGGUAGUCUCGGAGUAGCCAUGAUCGGGGCGUCGGACACAGUCGUCAAGCAGAACACAAUCGAAGGAUUGACUGCUAACGGUGUCAAUGGCGCAAUCGCAGUGGGGGUGAUUAUCAUCGAUGACCCAGCCACGGGAACCCCAGCGUCCGGGAACCUGGUCGUUGGGAACGUUUUACAGAACAACGAUUUCGACAUCUUUGUCAAUACGACUGGUACAGGCAACGUGGUCGAGGGUAAUCAGUGCUCGACACCGGCCGAAUUGUGCAGCAGCUGA